AUGGAAAGUGAGGCUGCUCGUGUAUUUAAAAUCAAAAACGCUUUCCAGUCCGAUGCAGAAACUGACCCCGGGUAAAAAUGAAAAGAUACGCUGUUUUUGCUGUCAGAAGGUAAAUCGCAUUAUUCAAACGGCUGAAACCUCAAUCUAAUAAUACUGUAUUCACCUCAAAAUUUUAUUUUCGAGGAAUGAUGAAACGGGGGGACGAAAAGAGUCAACUUUGGAGCACAUCGUAACGUAUGUGUCGCCCCAGGAGAUAUUCGAGAGCUCUCGGGCGGCGCCUCGUCCUACUACACAUUUAUCACGACACGAAGGAAACGGCUCCCUUCUGAAAGCUGACCCUCCGAUUGACGGCGGCGACCUCUGUCCGUCCGACCGACACCGUUGUAACAUCCGGCCGUGCCGCGAACGCAGAGUGUGUUAUGUGUUUAAGCCAGUGAUAUAUAUGAUAUGUACACCUCAACGCGAAAAUCUACGCGCCUGUCGUUUCGCAAAGUACAAAGUGUCCACUCUUUACCGCGUUUUGUGAUACUUGAAUGAUAAAAAAAAAAUCGAAUAGCUUUUCUAAAAAUAGACCGCGAUGAAUUACUAUGUCAAACAUUCUACCCACUUCAAAUCGAAUAAUAGAGACUAUAAGUCAAUGGUCCAUUAAUCAAAAGCUGAAAUAAAUUAUUUAAAUGGGAUCAAUAUAAAUUGAAAAUUUUUUUCUAAAAAGUUGAAGGUUUCAGUUAAUUUGAUUCAAAUUUGAAAUUUCAACGAACUUUCAAACCCACCCCCCUGAAAAAUGAUAACAAAAGUGAUAACCUCUCCAAAAUAGAAUCAUAAAAAGACAAUUUGACACCUCGGAAAUGCGUCACAAGCUAGAUUAUGGGCUAAAAAAGAAUAAGGAACAGCUAAACACACAAAUCGCGUCGAAAACUUCCAGAGUUGGCAUACCGUUCAAAUAAAAAAUCAGGGGGUUUUUCCUGUCCUUUUUGGGCUUGGAAAACCAAGUAAAAGUGCAUCGAAAUAAAAGUUGGAAUGGGAUACGAAAAAGAACAAUCCAACUAAUCGGUGAACCGUGGCGCGGGGCGUUGUCCAGUUGAUUGACAGUCUAUAGUACAGCCUGCCAAUAUUACUCGAUAGACAUCUAUUUACGUUCAAAGACUGCAAAAGUUCACUGGCAGUGUCGUUCAGAGUGGUUUUUACAGGUUAAAAAGCAUUGAAAAUAAUAUUAACGGCUCAAUAAAAAAAAAUUAAAACUUCAGAAAGCUUCUCAGGAAUUCUACAAUAAGCCGUUGGAUUUUUGGUUCCAAAAAAUGGUAUCAAAAUUUUCUUUUUCCAAUCUAAAAAAGAUAUAUCUUUGAACUUUGACCUGAAGCGUUUUAACUCGAAAAAAUAUUGAACUCUUCUGAGCAGUUUAUCAGAAUUUGGAACUAAAAAUUCUGCUUCGAAGUUCCAAUGAAAUCUGAUCUCCUGAAACUUCCUGCCAUUUCCUGCCAAUAAGAUCUAAAAACAGACGUACCGAAAAUUCAAAAACUAGGACUUCUUAUGUUAUGCCUCUUGAGCCAAAAACUAACAGUAAUUCGCUUUUUCGAUAUUUCUCACGGUAGAGUGAAAAUAGAGUAUUCAAAAAUGCUAUGACGACCUUUUCGUGUAUCUUAUCAACGACAGAGAUCCUGAGGACGUUUUGCUCUAAAAUUUCCUUUCAAACGUGCAAAAAGUGUUCUUCUAACGGCUCAUACAAACCAAGCCGCUCAAACUGAAAAAUAACAAGAGUUCGCCAACUCGAAUUUUUUUUUACAGUGGAGAAAUGUUGUUCCAAUUGUUCAUUCAUAAGAAGAUCUUUGAACCUAUCAAAGUGCGUUUACUUGCCGAAAAGAGACCAAAAAUGAAAACGCCGUGAAAAAUUCUCGGCAGAUCGGUCAAACUAAAAACUAACAGGACAUCGCUUUCUUGAAGUUUCUUUCCAUAGCAAAACUAACAUGGUUCAAAUUACUUCUGUCGAAGACGGCUUCUUAACUAGGCAAAACGAGUUCGCUUGCUGAGAGACCAAAACUAGAGAUAUCAAAAUACCAGACGAAGAGAGGGCAAAUCAAGCCGCGUGAGCAAUUCGAGGAAACGGAACGGCCGGACCGAGGACAACAGCAGCCAAGCAACGGCGUGGUGGGGGCCUCGGCCUCCGCCUCGAUUUGCUUCGGCCAAAACCAAUCGAUGCCUUCCGUCCGUCGGUCCGCUCCUCCGCCGUCGCUGCCGAUGCCGACCCCCAAACACACACUCGUCCCCAACGCGCUCUCGGCGUCCUCUCCAACGCUCGCUCUCACGUACUACAGCCUUUGCGUUCGUCGUGGCGGCCAGCCAACCGCUUUUUUUUCUCGCGAAGAAACGAAGGUCCCAAACAAUAGAAAGUACUUUUUCUGUUUUGUUGACCGAUUAUUGAGGUCUUCGCACUUUGGAUUCCGCGAUGGAGCGCUUGAAGCACGGCUGUGGGAACUAGGCAUGAAAUAG